AUGGUGGCGGAGGGUCGCCCCUCCGCACCCUUCACCCGCUUCUCCAUCGCCCCCGAAAUCGGCCCUCUCCGCCUGAGAUGGGACCGCCCCCGUCUGGUGCCUUCUUUUGGGGCUACCCUGCAUUCUGGAGACAACUCCCUCGUGCAAAUCUUCCACGACCUUCAGGAACGGCCUAGCCAUCGCACGGCGCUCAUGGUGGGGUGGUGGGCUCGAUCCAUGGCCUACAGGGCCCUCCUCUCCCUCAAGCUGCCAGCCUGCCACGUGGAUAUGCUGUGGGUUGACUUCCCCAGGGGCGAGUUCCUCAUGAACCGGGUCAACGGGGUCAAGGCCAGUCUCUUCCUGCCUGUAUCGCCACUGAAGGGCGUGCUGCAGGUGGAAGGGCGGACAGCAGACACGGCCACUGUGGGGUUUGCCUAUCAGCACCCCUUGGGAACGCGUGUGACGCCCUCAUUCUCCCUCGCCGAUCGGGGAGUGUCAGUGGAGGUGCUUCAGCCAAUCACAGUGCGACAGCUGGGACCCGCUGUCAAGCCAGAAGCUCAAAUACGGUUUAAAACCACUGUAUCCGGCACGAGGCAAGGAUGGGAGAUGGAGACAACACGGUUCCUGGGAACAAAUGAGAUAGUGGGGGGAGCAGCAGAGGCGUCUCAGGGUGGACUGGCAGUCAGUGUUGGGUACAAGGCCGGUGUGGCACCUGUUGCCUUCUUCACCCUCUUUGGAGGGGGGCGCAGGCGACGGAAAACAGCAGUGACGGGCAAGGGAGCUGGUUACCACCUGAGGCUGGAAUUUCCGCCGUCCAAUCUCAGACGAGCAGUGAUCUCAUGGGAUGCCACUCAUGGGAUCGACUUUUAG